AUGCGGGCGCAGGAGCUGCGGAGGCACCCGUUCUUGGAUGGGCACAAGGAGGGCUGGGGUCUGACAACGGACGGGUGCGACCUGCUGGCCACGACAGGCGACUCGUUCAUCUACCGUUUCCGCAAGAACUCUGAAGGCAUUCUCUACCUUGUCAACAAGGUGAGCGUGAGGCUGGCGGGAGUGGCGGUGAGAAUGCUGAACGAGCUGGAGUACGUCACGCCCAAGAUCUGGGUCCACAAGUGGAUCACCAACCAGGUGUACAGGGUCGACCCUGCGUCUGGUGAGGUGGAGGCUUACAUGGACAUCGGCAGAGUGUAUCGCGGGCCGCAUCGGUGGCGGGGGGACGCCACGCCCAACGGCGUCGCCUACUCGGCGCGCCUGGACCCCGGCCUGCUGCUGGUGACGGGCAAGCUGUGGCCGCAGCUGUUCGCGCUGCGCGUGCCCCCCGAGGACCCCCCCGGCCUCUGCGGCGGCCCCGCGGCCGCCCUCUCGGCGCCCGCGUGCCCGAGCCCCCCGGCCUCCGCGUGCUGGCCACCCGCCGCCGCCGCCCGCGCGGGCGGGGUCGCGGCGGCGCGCGGGGCGCCCGCGCUGCUGCCGGAGUGGGAGCCGGUUCCGGAGCUCCUGGCCCGCGCCGCCGCGGCGCUGGGGCUGGUCCUGGCCGCCGCGUCCGUGGCGCUGCCCGUGCACCUCGUGGCGGAAGCGGUGCCAGCUCCGGCGCCUCCAGCAGCCGGGCCGUGCGGGCGGGGGCGAGCCCGGGCCGGUCCAGCUGGGCGCGAGGCAGCCGUGAGCGUUGCCGCCACGCCCCCCCCCCCGCGGUGA